UUACCAGUGGAUAACCCUGUUACUUACAUAAUGCGUUACUCACCGCUCAUCUCUGAGCGACCGACAAGUACGCAGUCGGUGUCUGUUCCCACGCUAUGGAUAACCUUCCACGCCGCGGGCACAAGGGACACGGGAUGUUCUGGAACAGAAGACGUUACCUAGUGGCGUGUCUCGCGUUCCUGGGGUUCUUCACCUUGAACAUCCUUAGGUCAAACUUAUCCUACGCUCUUGGUCCCAUGAGAUCUCCCUACAAUGUCACCCUGGACAACGGAACAGUUGUGGAGAAACAAGACUUCGACUGGCCCGAGCAGGAAGUAUCACACAUCGCGCAUGCCUCCUUCUUUGGAUAUGUCGCCACUCAGAUUCUAGGAGGGUGGCUAGGUGCCUGUCUGGGUGGCAGUCGAGUGUUCGGUGUGGGGGUGGCCCUCACUGCACUGUUUUCGCUUGUUACGCCUUUUGUGGCCAACACAGGCGUGGUAAACUUGCUGAUAGCCAUCAGAGUUAUUGAGGGUCUCUUUGAGGGUGUCACUUACCCGAGUAUUAUCGCCGUCUGGUCUCGAUGGGCGCCUCCCCAGGAGCGGGCUCGCCUGGUUGCCAUCGCCUUCUCAGGCAGCUAUUUUAGUAUCGUAAUCAACUCCUCAGUUUUCCACAUCAUCGCCAAAACCCUAGGCUGGUCGUACGUCUUCUACAUCACAGGUAUAAUCGGGUUAAUAUGGUUUGCUGUUUGGUGGACUGUGGUGAAGGACAAACCGGAAGACGACCCUCACAUCUCCACAGAGGAACUAAAGUUCCUGAAAGAGAAUAUUGACUGUGGACCUAAUGACUAUAUUCCUAAACAUAUUAUAUAUCCUUGGGACAAGUUCGUCACGUCGAUGCCUGUAUGGGCCAUAGUAGUGGCUGACACCUGCAUGAGCUGGGGCAGUACACUGAUGGCUUUGCUGCCGAUUUUCGUGAGAGAGACAUACAACUACGAGGUAGAUGAAACCAGAUUUUUGUCAUUGCUGCCGCAUCUAGUGAUGGCUGUCCUGAUGCCGGUCGCUGGAACAUUGGCUGACUGGUUGAGGAACUCAGAAGUGCUCACUACCACACAAGUGUGGAAAGUUUUCAACUGCGGUGCCUUCAUAAGUCAGGCAAUAUUAAUUUUCCUUGCAGGACACUUUAACUCCGUUAACGGUGUGUUAUUGUGCGAGGUUAUGGCCGUAGGGCUGUCAGCGUUUACCUGGGUUGCCAUCAGUGUAAAUCACCUGGACAUAGCACCUCAGCAUGCCAGUGUUCUAAUGGGAUUUUCCGGCACAUUUUCAUGUGUUCCAGUCUUUCUUAGUAUCGGUUUUAUUAACUACGCCCUUGCGUAUGGGUGGCAGGUCGUGUUCUACGUGAACAUCGCUCUCUAUCUCGUGGGGGCUCUCUUGUACUGGGCAUUCGCUUCAGGAGAGAGACAGCGCUGGGCUCCCCCUGCACCUACCCCAGAAUCAGAGAGCCUAUCACUCCCACAACGAAGCCAUGUCAUCUGAUCCUGUAUGAGGAAUUGUAAUUAAACUGUUGAUAUUGUUUGUUACUGAGCUCUAAUUCCAAUUGUAUACAAAAAACUAUGUACAAAACAAGAGCCACAGUGCACAAUUACUGCUUUGAAACUUAGUUGGAUAUUUUAAAGGACUAUCAUAGAGUCCAAACAUAAAUACAAUGCUAUAAAAGAAUAUGACUAAAAUGCUUAGUUUUUCCUUUCGUUCACACACAAGCUACACUAAAUUUAGCUGUUAGCCUACACCAAACUAUUGGCCUGUGGCAAUUCUAUCGGUUACGGAAAACUAUUCAAGAAAUACGUUUUCGCACAAUUUAAUUAAAUACCUGGAAGAAAAUAUUUUGUAAAAACCAGCAUAGCUUCUAAAACAAUAAAGGGACAAACAAUUUGUUAUUUGAUUUUACAAAUGUUAUAAAUGAUCUUUUAAUUUUUUGAAAACAAGUGUUCUGUCGAUUAUUCAAAAGCAUUUGAUACUCUUGACCAUGUUAUGCUGCUGGAUAAAUAAAAAAAAAAAAUAUGGGAUUGAAGCCUACAUUUUAAAGUGGUUCACAAGUUACCUUGAAAACAGACCAUUUGUUAAGAAGUUAAGAUAGCCAAUGAAUAUAGUUCCUAAAGAGUCUCCAAUUAAUAGUGUUUUGGCCCUAAUUCUAUUUAAUAUGUAUCUUAACAGUUUUUGAAAACAAAAUUUCCAUGAGCAUUUGUUUAUCUAUGCAGAUAAAACAGCACUCUUGGUGGCUCGCAAGAAUUUUAUCUAGCAGAAUGCCUCAUAUUUUCUCACUAUAGUAUAAUGGUUAGAUGGGCACACGACAGUAAACUAGUAAUAAACUCUUAAAAUACUCUUGUAAUUAUCACAUCUUGAAGUAUAACAACUUUCACUCCUAUUAUAAUACUCCUGACCGAUCUCCAAUAGUGAAUAAGCUAAUAGAGUUAUGACUUUACUUAUUUAACCAUAAUGAAAAUUGAUUGUGUCAAAGUCUUAAAGUGGCAACGGAAUAUUAAUUUUGGGUAUCACUAUACAUUAUAAAUUGAAAUGGGAAUUACAUCUAUGCAGUCUGGUCAAAAGAUUAAAAUCUAUAUCUGGUAAACUCUAGUACUUAACAGAUAUCCUUCCCUGUUCAGUAAUCAAGCUAAUUUAUAAGUCGAUGUUUGAAACCUUGAUAAGGUAGGGGGUACACCCACUAAAUCGUUCAUGAACCAUGUGGAUAGUUUUCAAAAAGAACUCUUUAUGGAUAUGGCAUGGAUAUGCUCAGAUGGCAGGUGUAUCUCAAUUACAACAAAAUUUUAAUUUUUCCGAUUGCCUUUUGGUACGUAAAUACAAUACCUUAAAUUCCAAACAACUUUUUAUACUAAAAAUAAUUAAUAGAUACCAUUUAUCUGAAUCCUUUAAAAUCAGCAAACUCAACAACAUGCUAUACAUUUACAAAAUUAAAAAAAAAAAGAUUUUGUACGAUUAUACUAAAUUUUUCCUCGUAAUACUUAUGUAAUAAUUGGCUGGGCUACAUUUUUACAUUUUUACAAAAAUAUUUAAUCAAUCCUAAAGAAUUGCUAACAUGUAAAAAUUGUUACAAAGUUAAUCCUUACACACUUUGUGUUGCUUGAAAUGGUAAAUAAUGACUAAUACGAGUAGACAUGUGAAAAAGGAACAUUAUUAUCACUAAUAAAUCGCUUACUCUAUCAAUACGCCGAAUACUGUAAACUAUGAAUAAGGCAUGGCAUCAACACAUUACCACAGGUUGUAAUAUGGUGCUAUCAUAAUUCAUGAUUUCAUGAAGUAUCACAUUGUACUCUCAAACCAGGCAUAAGUAAUUGGACAUCUAAAUUCAUUUGUCAAUUGACAUCUAAAUUCAUUGAAUUGUUUUCGUAUAAUAUCAAGGAUAAGGCCUGAGCCUCCAACUCCAUAUUUCUUAAAUUUUUGUAUUUAUAUAUAAAUGUUUAAAAGGGCAAAGGCAUCAGUUGAAUUUAUGAUACAGCUUAGAUGUUGUUCUAAUGCCAAGUCAGUUCCGUUACCAGGUCAAAAACCAAAUUUAUUGUUACGGAAUAGGUUGAAGUCUUGCAAUAUUUUCCUUAUUAAAAUAUUAAAUAUCUAUCUAUGUUACUGAUAAGCGAUAUUGGGCGAAAUACUGACAUAUCAGUGUCAUACCCGUUCUUAUACACAGGUACAACUUACAGCGAUGUUUAACUCAUCAGGAAAUACUCCCUGUUCAAGAGACUUUUGUGACUACAGUACAAUAAUGGUACAAAUACAUCUAUAUUAUUAUUAUUAAUGACUAUGUUACUUAUAGUAUCCAAUCCAUAACUAAUCUAUUUUUUCCUAUGAACUAUUCUAUUAAUAUCUGUUUCAACUUUUACAACUAACAAUAAUUAUAAAAUACUAUUUAUCUGAAUAUUUUAAAUCGGAAAACUCAAAAACAUGCUUAACAUUCAGAAGAUUAGAUAAAUAUAUACUGCCAAGAUUUUGUAAUACUUAUGGAAAAAAAUUCUAUGAGUUACAUUGUUCUCAAAGUAUGUUAUCAAAUACGUAAAGAAUUCCUAAAAUUCAAAUAUUUUUGUAAUGCUAAUCCUUAGAUACUUAAUUAGUUGUUUGCAAUGGUAAAUAAUGACUAAUAGGCAUGUGAAACUAUUAAUUUAAAAAAUAGAUUAAGUUGGUUGGAUAAGUUUUCAUAAAGUAUAGUUUUUUUAUUAGCAUAUUAUCUUAAACAUUUGUAUUGUGAUGUACCUUUAUACAGUAUAAAGUGUGUAAGCGCGCGCGAGCGCGCGCACGUAUGUGUGUUUAAUUGUGUGGUAAUUAUUGGUAAGAUAUUGUAAUAAAUUUGUUAGUCAAUUAAUGUUGAUAUCGCAUUUGUAGAACGUAUAUAUAUAUAUAUAAUACGUUCAUGCAAUAUAUUUUGUAUUGCUUUAUCUGUAGACAUAUUACAAUUUUAUUUGUUAAUGCCUACGUACACUGCUAUUAGAAGUGUUUUCUUUUUUCUCUUUGUCAAUUAGUACGUAUUUGUAUUCAGAUGUUUACAGUAAAGAUGGGUACCCAACGAUAAAUUAUUUGUAACUUUUGGGACCCAAGGCUCUGUAUGUUUGUAGUAAAUAUAAUUCUUGAUUCUUCAUGAUUCUUGAUUUUUUCAAACUAUUUCAAACAUGGUUACACUGGAAAUAAAGUUGAAUUAAACAAGCAAAAAAUCUUGAAUUAUAUGUCUUUUCAUUGGAGAUGUUCUAUAUCAAUUUUACCUUUACCAUUCAACAUGAAUACAAUUGUAAUAAAUAAAAAACACGUUGAAGACGUAUUUAAUAAAAAGAGCUCGUUGACAUCGAG